GCUGACUCUUUCAGUCUUUCUUUCCGCUUUCCUUGUGAUAAGAUAACGAAGUCCUGAUAAGCCAUACCGAAGACUACUUUCGAACAAAAACAAAUCUGGAAACUGAAAAUGAAAAACCAUUGCGUUCUCUUUCGGUGAUUCGCUCUGAAAACAAAGAUCUUCAGGACUUUCGUCUUUCCGCCACAGCAGGUUUGUUGGUUCUUCGUUUUCUUUUUUAUGCAAUGGUAUUGUUAUCGUGACAAAGGGGUUGGAAGAGAAGGUAGCAGAUCUUGGAUAUUCAUCAGCAUUUGGCACUGAUACGAGGUGCAAGCUGGCUUUCUGUGAGUUGAGUUUUUGUCAUCAACUUUUUUGAUUCUCUUGGUCAUACAUCCUGUGCAGCUUCAAGGAAGAUCCAGAACCCUAAAGAAUCCGAAGGUUCAGCUGAAAAAAGGUGUCAAGGCAUGUAACAUAUGAGCCAUGCAGUGACCAACAAAAUAAUUCACCUGAGGCUUCUAUGGUGGACUCUGGUUCAGCAUCCAUUUCAAGAAACAUGAGCAGAAGAGUUAUAUGCGAAAAAGGUGAUGUUGUUCACAAAUUGAUUGAAAGGUGCUUGUGGUUGUAUAUGAACAAAAAUGAGGUGGUGGAAACCCUUCUGUGCCUUGCAAAUAUUGAACCUGGCUUCACCACCUUGGUAUGGCAGAGACUGGAAGAAGAAAAUGCAGAAUUUUUCAAGUCUUACUACUUAAGGGUAAAGCUGAACAAACAAAUCCAAUUGUUCAAUGAUUUACUUGAGAAGCAGUCCGAUCUAAUGCACAGUUCUUCACCUCAGAAGGUUCCAUUGCCUUCUAUGCAGAGUGGGAUUCAUUGCAUGCCGGUUAAUAAUCCACCUCUGGGGUAUCCAAUUCUGCAGCAGCCUUCAAUUUCUUUUAUUAGUCAAUACCCAAGUUAUUUUGUGGACCGUAUGCCCAGCUGUCAGGCGGUACACAGAAUCCCUUCACCAGGCAAUUUCAACCCUACACAAGUAAAUUCUGGGAAAUACUGUGCCGCCGAUACAGUACCUUCCAUUCCUACUUGUUCUACCAAGUUGGAGAAUCAUUCAUUAAUGGCAUCCUGUGGCCAAGUUCCCUUCACUUUAUCAGCGAUGGCAGGACUUGGAAUGGAAACACCAGCACUUAAGGCUACAAAUAAUCUUCAUGUGGAAAAUGUAGAAGGGUUGCAACUUGGCUCUGAUGGUCAAACUGGACCACCCAAGGAACUUCAAUCAUUAAUGCAGAUUUCUUGGAAUUCAAGCGUCUCAGAUAUAGCUGCGGGGUGGCAAAACUUACAAGAUGUUGGAACACCAGGCAACUUAUUCUGGCGGCACCAUUUUACCUUUUGAUGCAGAUGGGUUGCCCGAAUCUGCAGAGCAAAAAUCCGUGGGUAAAGUGAGGAUGAUGAGUAUGAGCAAGCAGGUCAGGCUUAGAUGAAGCAGUUGAUUUAGUUCCAGACUUCUUAGAAUAAAUUAUUUUGGUGAAAGACAUUUGAUUCAAUUAUUGAAU